AUGAAUCAUAUACAAAGAAAACUAUGUGUAGAAUGUUAAUAUGUACAUGGUGUAGGUUUAAAAUUUAUAGUUCCAAUAAAAAAUUUUUAAGAUAUGAUUAUCAAGAAAUUUAAAGAGUUUUAACUUGAAGAAACACUUAAGUUAGCCAAAUAGAGAAUGAAUUUGAAGUAUAUGCUUUCUCAAACUGAAAGUUUGCUGUAAAAAAAUCUUGAAGAAAUAUCGGAAUUAAUAAAAUAAAUUUAUUAAAUGAUUUAGCAGGAAAAUAAAUAAUUCAUUAAUCUUAUCAAUAAAAAUAUGAAUCUUCGAGAAUCCUGCUUUUCUGACUUAGGAAAAUUAGUAUAUAUAAUAGAAGGAACAACAUAAAAUGAUUGGAAUGCUUGCAAGAAUUCUUAUAUGAUGAAUUGA